AAACCAACGAAGAAGAAGUCGUCGACCCGGCUCCACCGGUCUCAGCCAAUGAAGGGAGACUGGGAGGAAACAUUGAGCGACACUUUUCUCUCUACAUUGUUUUUUCUCUUUCUGCUGGCCUUAAACCUUGUCAAACACAAUGCAGAAGAAGCUGUGAAUGUUUCUGUUAUCUCCCUGCCUUUACAAAAUCAAAAACAGACCGAGCACCAGCUACCAGUCUCCGGAUCGCCUCGCGGUUACUUUCCGGUGUUUCGGGUCCGCUCGGUGGUCUGACCGGGAGAGACUGCAGAGAUGUCCGACAACGGUGGCUUGGCUGUCGGCCUCCUGUCUUACGAGACGUUGGUCCACGCUGUGGCUGGUGCAAUGGGGAGCGUGACAGCGAUGACAGUCUUCUUUCCUCUGGACACAGCCAAGAGCAGACUGCAGGUGGAUGAGAAGAGAAAGGCCAACUCCACCCCUGUCAUCCUGGCUGAGAUAGCAAAGGAAGAAGGCCUUCAGUCCCUGUACAGAGGCUGGUUACCAGUCAUCUCCAGCCUCUGCUGCUCCAACUUUGUCUACUUCUACACCUUCAACACGCUGAAGAAGCUGGCGACGGCUGGUCCAGGGAAGUCCGGACCCAGCAAAGACCUGCUCAUGGGGGUCGUAUCUGGGAUUGUGAACGUGAUCCUGACCACUCCCAUGUGGGUGGUCAACACUCGGCUGAAGCUGCAGGGAGCAAAGUUCAGGAACGAAGACAUCCAGCAGACCAAGUACAGAGGCAUCUUUGAUGCUUUCUCACAGAUCAUAUCCAAUGAGGGUGUGGCGACUCUGUGGAACGGCACUCUGCCCUCUCUUAUCCUCGUCCUCAACCCGGCGGUACAGUUCAUGAUUUAUGAGGCCAUGAAGAGGAAGGCGGGCAGAGGAGGGAAGAAGAUAUCCUCAGCAGAGAUCUUUCUCAUUGGAGCCAUUGCUAAGGCCAUUGCUACCACUGCAACAUAUCCUCUUCAGACAGUUCAGGCCAUCCUGAGGUUCGGCCAGUACAAAGGUGAUGGUAAGGCCGGGGUGAUGGGAAGCCUCUCAAACAUUUUCUCUCUGCUAAUGGACAGAAUCAAGAGGUACGGUGUUUUUGGUUUGUACAAAGGCCUGGAAGCCAAGCUGCUGCAGACAGUACUGACGGCUGCCCUCAUGUUUGUGGUGUACGAGAAGAUCACCGCUGCUACCUUCAAAGUCAUGGGCCUGAACAAGAAACUGAAGCAGUGAACAAACCACUACUUGAACGUCAGGAGGAUUUAUUAAUGCCUACCGUUGAUAUGGUUAUGCCAGGAGUUGAUUCAGUAACAAUAACGUUUGUAAUAAGAGACGGGAUCGGUGCCCAAAACAAACACCAUAACCAGAGCUGUGUUACUUAUAAUACCCUCUCUCUCUUAACCUCAAACUGGUUCCAUUUGUGCAAACUGGUCUUAAUUUGAUCUCCGUUGAGAUGGUUCUAAGUAACCUUGCUAGCUGAGGGAAUACCCCUAUUUGCUUUCUUCCCGAGAGAAAGAUCUUCCUAUUGAAAUCUCUGCUAGAAAGGGAAUACGCUUAUUUCCCCAAAUUGCAAAAAAAUUAUUUCCUUCAACAUUAAGUGCUUGCUGCAAAUGAUGAAACCAAUAAGAUAAGCUGCCUACUUAGGUAUUGCCUUGAUGUAAGAUAUUGGACCAUUCUUCACACACUGACUUAUGUUUUAACUGUGAAUUUAACUGAGUUUGAUAGACUUCUCAUGAAAUUCCUACCAGAUGAAUGUUUUUUUAAUCUGCUGAUUUAUGAUGUCAUUAUUACAAACAGAUUAGCAGUAGUCACAAUAAUGUUAAAAGGGAGAAUAGCUCCCAUUUAUAUUUAUAGACUUGUGUGUAAAAUCUGCUCUUAAAAGUUUUGAUUUUAACAAUUCUAAUAUAUUAAGUAAAAAAAUAUUUAACAUAAUUGGGAAUGAGUACUUAACAAUACAGAGUAAAACUUACAUGUGUACAAAUAU